AUGGGUAUGUACGAUGAUGGUAUCCUGGGUGGGCGGAAGUAUGUUCCGCCGAAGAUGUCCGACGUGAUUCGUGGUGACUGGCAAGAAGCUCGAGGUGACAGGAUCUUCCGAAUCCAGGAGGCGGAUGGCCGUUUAGAGCUGGAGCAUCAGCCGCCCAGUGGACCUGCCCUGGUGCUUUCACGCAAUGACUCGACGGCUGCCGUGCUUAUCUCAUGGACGGCCUACGAGCACGGGCGAAGUCCGGGUUCGGGUGAAGAGGCUUUCGACCUUGAACUAGAAGGCGAGAAUCGUGUAAUUCUCAGACGGGCAAGAGACGGCGAGGCUGUGCGCUUCGUGCGCCUCAAGGAUGGGCAACGAUUAGUAACGCCUUCGCCGUCUGCAAGGCGGCCACGGGCUCGACAGCGAGCACGGUCCUCUUCAGUUUCAGAUUCUCAGAGAGGUGCUAGCUGCGAAGAGGAUCAUCGGCACUUAGUUCAAAAGGUCAAGUCUCUUCAAAGCAGUGCUAGAGAGUUGAACGAAAAGUGGCAGAGCUACUGCGAGCAGUAUGGUCGAGGUAUUUUCGACCCCAACAGACACGACGUGCGCACCCUGCAGGGAUACCUGGACUUCAUUUCCAGAGACGGAGAGCGCUCCAGAUCACGUGGCGGCCGCGCAGGUAGGAGCCGUCGCAAAGGGAGAGAUGGCGCGCAGAGGCAUCGCCGUCGAGGCAGCCCCCGGGUGCGGAGACGUGGCCGGCGAAGGAAACGUAGGACUGGGCGUCAGCGAGACCAGGCCGGUGGCUCAGCGGCUUCCACGAAGCACUCCACUGGCUCAGAGUCCUCCUCCAGUUCCUCCUCAGGGGCCCAGUCACACAGGGCCACAAGCAAGUCUCCAGAAGCACCCGCAGAAGACCUCCAGAUGCGCGUGGCGCGCAUGGCCAAAGAGUCUGCUGAGGUGGACAAAGCAGAAGCCGAACGGGCUCUCGCCGAGGAGCGGGCCGCGCUGGAGACGAACUUGCAGUACCGUGUCGCUAUCGAGCGUGACCAGCGAACUCAGCAGGCUGCGGACGCCGUCGCCAGUGCAGAGGCUGAGGCACGCGCAGAGGAGGAAGCGCGUCUCAAGGAGGCAGUGCGCGCUGCCCGGGAGGCACGAGAAGCGAAGGUGCUCGCAGCCAAGAAGGAUGCCGAAGAAGCGGCUGAGGAGGCUGUACAGCAGUUCGAGAAGGUGGUCCAGGAGGAGGUGCGCUCCAAGUUGGCCCCUUUCGAAAGCCGCCUUGCCGAUGCACUUGAGGCGGCCUCGCGGGCAGCCGCGGCUUACGAUGAAGCGGCUGCGCCGGCAUCGGCGAAGAAGCGGAGCAGGUCUUCAGCUUCAGAUGAACAAAGAGCGCAGGCUGCCAAAGCAGCCGCUGCAGCUUUCAACUCCCCGAAGCAGGCAGAGGGCCAGUGCGGCGCUUCCCAAAAAGGUCCCGCCGGCCAGCGGCGGAAGAAGAAACGCCAAGGUGCUCCUGCGGACAGGCCUGGUGGCGAUUGA